GCGAUGGCAUUUUACCGCGCCGCCUGUGACGUCAUCAGGAGGCGCCCACGUGCUCUGCCAUGGCGGACAACGAGGAGGAGGCUGCGAUGGCGGCGCUGCCCCAGAAGCGCUUCUACCGGCAGCGCGCUCACUCCAACCCACUCGCUGACCGCGCGCUGUGGCACCCCCCCCGGCCGCAGGACAUGGACUGGGCCGCGCUUUAUCCCGAUUUCUUCCCGGUCCGGGACAACGGGACCCAACAACCGGGAACGAACCCGAGGGUGGAGAUCGCCGAUGUGGGCUGCGGGUACGGGGGGCUGCUCGUGGCGCUGUCGCCGCUGUUCCCCCACACGCUGUCGCUGGGGCUGGAGCUGCGGCUCAAGGUUUGGGAUUUCACACGGGAGCGGAUCCGGGCCCUGAGGGCGGCGAAUCCCGGGCGGUACCAGAACGUGGCGUGUGUCAGAGCCAACGCCAUGAAACACCUCCCACAUCUCUUCAGGAAGGGGCAGCUGAGCAAGAUGUUCUUCCUGUUCCCGGACCCACAUUUCAAGCGCACGAAGCAUCGAUGGCGCAUCGUCAGCACGGCGCUGCUGGCUGACUACGGAUACGUGCUGCGCCCCGGGGGUCUGGUUUACACCAUCACGGACGUGCCGGAGGUUCACGACUGGAUGCUGCAGCACUUCAGGGCUCACCCGCUGUUCCAGGACGGAGGUGCCACCAGACGAGUUGGUGAGCCCCCCCCCAAUAACCCCCAUCCCAUACUGACCACCCCCCCAUUUAACCCCCCAUCCCAUACUGACCCCCCCCAAUACCCCAUCCAAUACGACCCCCCAAAUACCCCCCAUCCCAAUACUGACCCCCCCCAAAAACCCCCCAUCCCAAUACUGACCCCCCCAAAUAACCCCCAUCCCAAUACUGACCCCCCCCCCACCCCUUACGGCCCCUCGGUGCCCCACAGGCCGCAGACCCGGUGGCUGCCCCUGCUGGCCACGUGCACGGAGAGGGUCGCAAGGUGCAGCGCAGUGGGGGGCCGCGUUCCCCGGCCGUGUUCCGCCGGUGGCCGACUCCGGAGCUGA